AAAGACAGGAAAACGGACCUGAUCUUUGCCGUAUUAUUUGAUAUAUUUCUCGUUUUUCGCGAGCGAUUUUUCACUAAAAUUUCAAUUUUUUUUAAUUUUAGGCCCAAGUGAAUCACAGAAAAGUUGAAGAUGCCUAAAACUGUGAAUGUUCGUGUGACUACAAUGGAUGCGGAGUUGGAGUUUGCCAUCCAAAAUACCACUACCGGGAAACAACUUUUUGAUCAGGUUGUGAAAACAAUAGGCCUGAGAGAGACAUGGUACUUUGGCCUGCAGUUCACUGACAGCCAGAAUCUAGUUACGUGGUUGAAGCUGGAGAAGAAGGUUCAGAGCCAGGAUGUAAAGAAGGAGACACCUCUGCAGUUCAGAUUCAGAGCCAAGUAUUACCCGGAAGAUGCCUCUGAGGAGCUUAUCCAAGACAUCACCAAGCAAAUGUUCUACCUACAAGUCAAGGAGGCCAUCUUGUCCGACGAGGUGUACUGCCCUCCGGAAACGUCUGUCCUGCUUGCUUCGUAUGCCGUUCAGACCAAAUAUGGGGACUACCAGCCUCAGGUACAUCUCCCUGGCUUCCUGGCCAAUGAUAGGCUGCUGCCUAAUCGAGUCUUAGACCAACAUACAAUGAGCAAGGAGCAGUGGGAGGAACGUAUUACUGUGUGGUUUCAAGAGCACAAAGGAAUGGCAAGGGAAGACGCCAUGCUGGAAUAUCUGAAGAUAGCGCAAGAUCUCGAGAUGUACGGCGUGAACUUCUUUGAGAUCAAGAACAAGAAGGGCACGGAAUUGUGGCUCGGUGUCGACGCACUCGGGAUUAACAUCUAUGAGAAGGAAGAUAAAUUGACUCCGAAAAUUGGCUUCCCGUGGAGCGAGAUACGUAAUGUGUCAUUCAGUAGCAAGAAGUUUGUCAUCAAGCCCAUCGAUAAGAAAGCCCCGGAUUUCAUCUUUUACACGAGUCACAUGCGCAUCAACAAGCGCAUACUGGCACUCUGCAUGGGCAACCACGAGAUGUAUAUGAGACGCCGCAAGCCAGACACCAUUGAAGUUCAGCAGAUGAAGGCGCAGACGCAAGAUGAAAAGAUGGCCAAACAACAGGAGAGGAUGUUAUUGCUGAAGGAGAAGCAGCAGAGAGAGGAGGCAGAGAGGCAGAGGAAGGAACUGGAGGAUAAGUUGAAGAAGUAUGAAGAGGAAUUCAAUAGAGCCAGGAUUGAACUGGAUAAGAGCCACAAGAUGACGUUGAGUUUGGAGGAGAGGAUGCGAGAAGCAGAAAGAGAGAGACGAGAACUGGAAGAAGCACAGAGGAAAGCAGAGGAAGCUAGGAGGGAGGCUGUCAUGGCCGCUGACCUUGAGAAGGCUGAAAGAGAAGCCAAGGAGAGAGAAGCGAGAGAGGCGCAGGAGGAGUUGGAUAAAAAGAUCGAAGAAACGAGAAUGAAGGAGGAAGAAUCUAGAAGGUUGCAGGCAGAACUUGAACAGGCCCGUAUACAGAUGGAGGAGAACAAGAGGGCCCUUGAGGAAGCCCUGGCCUCUCCCAAGAACACCAAUGUGCUCGUCAUUGAGCAUGAAACUGCAAGCGAGGAUGAUGAUAAAGCUUCAGAACAGAGUCACGAGUUGUUGACUGUUGAAAAUGGGUCGAUUCCUCGCCCGGAAGAGGAACGACUGACACAGGCUGAGAAGAAUGAAAGGAUGAAUGCACAGCUGAAGUCUCUGAGUGCUGACCUGGCCGAAGCAAAGAUGGACAGCCAGGUGACGAGGAACGACAUCCUACACAGGCAGAACGUGAACCAGGGUCGCGACAAGUACAAGACUCUGAAGCAGAUCAGGCAAGGCAACACUAAGCAGAGGGUCGACAUGUUCGAGGCCAUGUGAUUGGCCAGCUGUUGUCGCCUGGUGAUUUGUGAUUGGUGGAGCGUUUUUUUUCUGUAUUGAAAUUGGUUGAUCUUUUGUGUCGAGACUUAUGAUUGGCUGGGAGGAUGAGGUGGCUUUCCACUGCAAUAUUUUAUUGGCUGGUUGGUCAUGUUGCUUUCAUUUCAUACGCGAUUUAAAUAA